AAUUUAAAUUCUUUGACGUGGCCCAUCAAGCACCAAAGCAUUUGAGAGGUGAAGGCCAUGGCUGAGAAUGCCGCGCAGACAAUUUUGGAUGUCAAGUCCGGAGAAGCUAAGGGCAAAAAGAAGACGAGCGGGAGAGCCAAUGCGAAGGCGGCAGGAGCUGGAGGAUCCUACUUCUUGCCCCCGCAGGCACAAGUGUUACAGACCACAGUGCAGGUGCCACGUCGCUUUCCUGGCCACUUCAUGCCCCACAGGCUCUGCAACCAUUGGAAUCUGCAAGGAUGGUGCAAAAAGGCAGAGACCUGCACCUUUGCUCAUGGGAUCGAAGAGUUGCACCCCGAUGUUCAAGCUCAGCUGCUCCAGCAGAAGCCCGGAAUGCCUCCACCGACCGUAACGAAAGACGGUCGACUGGUGGUACAUGGUGUGACAAAGCCUGCAGGGAAGGUUGUGGGUGGGGAAUUGCCUGGCUACUCGAUGCAAACGCUGACCAAUAUCUAUACGGCUGGACAAAAUUCCGUUCUUGGUCCAGGCGCACUCCCAUUCAACGGCACCACGAGCUACCCUUUUAAUUUGACAGGAUCUGCGACCGCCCGCCUCGUCACAUCCCUGGUGCCAAACGUUGACAAGGAGAAUGAAGAGGAACCUCCUGAACAAGAAAACACCAGCUCGCCAGGCACGCCGACCAAGCGUCACCGCCCUGCUCCUCUCUCGUUGGACGACAUCGCUGAAGGAAAUGGACAAGCUAUGAUGGUGCGACCACUCGUGUCUCCUACCGUGGCAUCGCACUAUACCACGAUUUGCACUCAGCCAAUGGCUUCGCCCAUGCGCGUCUCUGUGGUGUCCAGGCCUUUACCUUCGCCGAUCUCCACUGGUUUGACGCCCACUGGGACGAUGUGCGCGUCCAACAUGGCUGCCUCCGUGGCAAUGGCAGCGAUCUCAACACCGAAGACAAGCACGGUCCCUACAUCUUUGACAAGCCCAGUCAGGGUGACGCAGAGCUACACAUGCCGCACUCCCACGGGUUUGGUUUGGCCAGCUUCUCCAGCCUUGGUGUCUCCAAAGAAUCCUUCGACACCAGUGCCAAUCGACAGGAACACGUUGCUUCAGGCUAGACAGAUGGCCGUGCGCAUGGAAAAGGGACCUCCAGGUUUGGCCAUGUGGGCACCAACUCCGACAACAAAGGCAAAUCUGCUUGGCUUUCGCUACCCCGAGCCAGGGUACAUGUCAGUGGCACCGCGCACAUGAAAUGUACAGACUGCACGGACGCUGUGUGUAGCCCACAGCAGUUCAGUUUCAUAAAGAAGCGGCAGAAUUCGAGCAUUGCCGGGCUUUGAUCUGCUUGAUCAUCUUGAUCUGAGAGCGAAAGCUGAGUGAUUUGAGCGAUGCGCUCUCUUGCGAUCACCAAUUUGGUGUUUUGGUCGGCCUUGCAAUGCGCUGCAAUGUGUAGUAAGUUAAGUCCUUUCGGUCCUUUUGCUUAAUCCUUGCAGCCUUGGAAGGGGACUCAAACUCUUAAGAGACCGGUGAAAACCGGUGCUUUCAAGCGCCCCUUUCGAGGAUCUUUGCAUGUUCGGGUGUAAUCGGCACCCGUGUGCUGGUACUUGUUAACCUGUCAUACCUGUCAUACCUCGCACAUUUCAGACGCUUCGAAUCGCUUCAAAUCGCUUCGAGGCUCCUGAGGGUGAUGAGAGUGACAGAUUGUGGCAGUUACUGUGACGAACCGCGACUGACCAUGACAAAUCCUUAAUUCUAGGUCAGGCAAUGCGGGUUUUGUCGAUUCUGGCAAUGAAUUGCAAGAUGAGCUGUGCAAAGAUGCGCAUGCUCGCAAUGACCCAGUUUUGUCUUCAGAAGCGUCAGAUCCAAAUGGAUCCUCGUAGCAUCCAGG